AUUAGAUUGAUAUGCCAAGUCAAAACACGAGAUACCUACGUCCGUGUGAUAGGGUAAAGUUCGGCAGUCAUAAUUUUUGUCUUUCCAAUGUGCUGGUCGUCUCCCAGAUUCCCAUGCGAUCUCCCUGGUACGAAGGUAAGCCAAAAGGUACGACUGGAUGAAUAAUGAACUACAUCUUUCUAUUAUGGACACUCCUUCCCUUGCAGACGCUGGGAUAUCAGGAUACGUCAUUUGUCCCCGGAUCCAAUGAGCGCCUUAAGAACUUAACGGGUUUGUCAUAUUACCUGUACCCUUGGGUUGGAUCCUACUACAAUGGCACAACAACAUUCCACCUAGAAUACCUCAUGGACAACCAAGGCGACUCGCUAUGCCGUACCUUCCGCAGCGAAGCCACAUCAUUCACAUCCAAGUCCAUCCUAGCUGUCACUAAACCAUCCCCAGACGACGACAGCAAGAAUCCAGUGCGCAUCGCUCUCAAAUCCGCAUUAACAGACUUCGAUUUCGUCAACAACUUAGCCUCCGGCGACGAAAGCAAGCAUCUCCAAUGGCAAUUUCUCUCCAUCAGGUACGUCCUCCCCCGUUCUCAUAAGAAACCUCUCAUCACCCUCCAACCACAAAAUCUCUCACUAUGCACUCUACAUAUAUAGCCACGAAACCCCUAGCCGGUCCAUCCACAGGCCUUACUUUAACCUCUCCCUCACCAACCCCACCGGCCCCCCUUACAAGAUAACAGGCUCAUCCAACAAAACCAACGGCGGCGUCACAUCCAUCUCCCAGAACCUUCCCUCCUGCGACAACCCCGAAGAAACAUGGUGGGGGCUCAGUUUCCUAGAUCGAAGCAACUACAACCCCGGCCACAUUCCCAUUACGGACCCCCAGGUCAGCCUGAUGUUCGAUAACCAGACUGCGAGCUUUUCGUUCGAGGCGUGGUUCUUGAUGAAUAGUAAGAACGAUACGGUUUAUGGGCGGGGGGAGGUUGAGUUUCUAGGGCAAGUUGAUGGGGUUCAUUCGGAUGUUUUGGGGCGAGGGGGUCAACCGGCGUGGAGUCCGACGGUUGGGUUUGGGAAUAAUUCUUUGAAUGGGGUGUUUGGG